GUCAAAGUACUCGCAGUCAAGGAUGGUUAUAGGUUGAAGAAGAACUUAAAAGCUCGUCAUAUCAGUAUGAUUGCAAUCGGUGGUGCAUUAGGCACUGGUCUACUAAUUGGUUCUGGAGCUGCAUUAAACACGUCAGGUCCUGCUGCUUUAUUUAUUGGUUAUGGUUUCAUUGGCUUCAUAGUGUACAUUGUCAUGUGUUGUAUUGGAGAAAUGGCAACAUAUAUUCCACAACCGGAAGGGUUUUCUGGGUAUGCGUCUAGAUAUUGUGAUCCAGCUCUAGGAUUUGCAGUUGGUUAUUGCUACUUGUUCAAGUACCUUGUUGCUACUCCUAACCAAAUCACAGCUGGUGCUAUGGUGUUGCAAUAUUGGGUUAGUAGGGAUAAAGUGAACCCAGGUGUUUGGAUCACGAUCUUCAUAAUUGUCAUUUUGUUAAUCAAUAUAUUUGGAGUGAAGGUUUUCGGUGAGUUUGAGUUCUGGUUGUCUUGUGUAAAAGUUUUGAUCAUUUUAGGAUUAAUGUUUUUGUUGUUUAUCAUAAUGCUCGGUGGGGGUCCAAAUCAUGAUCGGUUAGGGUUUAGAUAUUGGAAAAAUCCCGGUGCUUUUAAACCAUAUGAGGGAAUAGCCAGUAUUCCAAAGGGUAAAUUUGUUUCGUUUAUAAACGUUUUAAUAACUGCUGUCUUUGCUUAUGACGGGACAGAGCUUGUUGGUAUUACAGUUGCAGAAGCAGAAAACCCAAGGAGAAAUGUACCUAAAGCAAUCAAGCUAACGGUGUAUCGUAUUGUUUUGUUUUAUGUUUGUUCAGUACUGCUGCUAGGGAUGUGUGUUCCUUAUAACGACCCAUUGUUGAUAAAUGCUACCAAGGCCAAGACCUCAGCCAGUGCUUCACCAUUUGUUGUUGCUAUUAAGAAUGCUCAUAUCAGUGGAUUAGAUCAUUUGAUAAAUGCUUGUGUGCUGGUGUUCAUUAUAAGUUCCUCCAACUCAGACUUAUACAUUGGUUCAAGAACGUUCUAUGGGAUAGCUUGUAAUAAUUCAGCACCAAAGAUAUUUGCUCAAACAAAUAAGUAUGGCAUUCCAACUUAUUCACUUGCCCUUUGUUCUGCUUUUUGUUGUUUGGCCUACAUGUCAGUUUCAUCAUCGUCUCAACAAGUAUUUACAUAUUUGGUGAAUGUCUCUACACUAUUUGGCCUACUUACUUGGAUAUCUGUGUUGAUUACUUAUAUCUAUUUUUCAAGAGCUUUUGAGGCACAAGGAAUAUCAAAAGAUUCAUUGGCUUAUAAUGCACCAUUCCAAAAUUGGGCUCCACAUCUUGCCCUAGCCAUGUGUAUCUUGGUAUCAUUGAUUAAAAAUUUCACGGUCUUCAUCAACGGGUUCGACUAUAAAACUUUUAUCACUGGCUACAUUGCAUUUCCGGUCUUUUUCAUAUCAUAUUUUGGGUAUAAGCUUAUAAAUAAAACCACAAUACACAGACCAGAGGAUGUGGAUCUAUAUACAUUGAAGGAUAUCAUUGAUGCAGAAGAAGAACAGGAGAAAGCUAAUGAAGCUUUGAGAAAAGAGGAAAUGGAACAAGGCAGAAAAGAUGGGAGCUGGUAUUAUGAUAAGUUUGCCAGCUGGUUGUUCUGAGUAAUGGUCAAACUAAUGCGAUUGUAUAGGAGCUACUGCCCAAAUAGUAUUUAAUUCCUG